ACUCCACUCCAACUACUCCCACUACCACUACCACUACUAGUCAUAGUCAACCUACAACCCCGUCGUCCUGGUACCUCAUCAUCGCUCUACUCCUUCUAUUCUUUCCUCCUCCCCCUUUCUCUUUCCUUACCUCCUCUUAUUCUAUCAUUCUCUUUCCGCUCCUCCUGCACUAUGCCUACAACCAUGACCACCGAAGGCGUCAGGCAGCGCCUUCCGCCUGCUUCCGUCAUAGAGAAGAAGGAGCUCGAGAAGAAGAAAUUACCAGCCCAAGAGCAUCCUGGAGGUGCUGUAAAGCAUGCUCCAUGGAAGCAAGCUAUUCGCAUGUCUCUUUUCGCUCUCUAUUUUAACAGCUGUUGCAUCGCCAUCUUAAUUACGCAACUAAUCGGUGCUCCACUAUAUUGGCACAGUAAAGACUAUUAUUAUGCAUGGAUGGCUAUGACCAAGCAGCAGUUUGGUCUCGUCGUCACCACCAUGACCAAUUGGUGGGCCCCCGUGAAAAUGAGGGUCAGCGGCGACGAGAGCGUUCGCGGUCAGCUACGACAGACAGAAGAUGGCAGGCUUGAAUGCGACUUUCCUGAGCGAAUGGUCCUCAUCGCAAACCACCAGAUCUACACGGAUUGGAUCUAUCUAUGGUGGGUCGCAUACACUUCAAAACUCCAUGGCCACAUCUACAUCAUCCUCAAGGAAUCGAUCAAGUACAUUCCCGUCCUCGGCCAGGGGAUGAUGUUCUAUGGCUUCAUCUUCCUUUCCCGCAAAUGGGCAACAGACCAACAGCGUUUCCAAUACCGGCUUCGCAAACUAAGUUCCAGUCACAGCGGGCCUCUCUCUGGCUCACAGACUCUCGAUCCCAUGUGGCUGCUCAUUUUCCCUGAGGGGACCAACUUAUCCGACAAUGCGAGGAUUGGAAGCAAGAAGUGGGCUGACAAGAAGGGUAUCGAGGACUUGCGACAUACUAUCAUGCCCCGAAGCACCGGCCUUCUGUUCUGUCUCCGAGAGUUGAAGUCGACUGUAGACUAUAUGUAUGAUUGCACCGUUGCAUAUGAAGGCGUACCUCGAGGUCAAUUCGGCCAAGACCUAUUCGGCCUCCGUUCAUCAUACUUUGAAGGCCGACCUCCCAAAUCCGUCAACAUGCACUGGCGCCGUUUCGCAACCAAGGAUAUCCCCGUCGAUGAUGACCAGGUUUUCAGCGACUGGCUUCUUGCACGCUGGCGUGAGAAAGACGACCUCAUCGAGUACUACAUCGAGAAUGGCCGUUUCCCCGCUGAUCAAGGCACAACUCCCAGCACGGACGGGGCAGCAGCCGUCACAGGUGCGGGCUGGAUCGAGACGGAGGUUCGACCAAAGACUCCCCUUGAGUUCCUGCAGAUCUUUGUGCCUCCAGCGGCGCUGAUGUUGGUCAUCAACGUUAUCGCCAAAUUCUACAACAUCAUCCUCAAGACUCUAAAGAUUAGAUGAACAUGGCCCGCCGCUCCUGCACUCAUUGUAGAUAUCGGCAAGAGACCGGCAGUCUGGCUUUUCCUUUUCCCGGAUAUGAUAGCGGUGCUUUGGUAUAUUCCG